CCACGGUUGAAGCUAGUGCCGCUUGCGUCUCCGCCUAAAAUCAUAAGAGGGACAUCAUGAAACUCCCGAAAAAAUUAUUGCGAGGCGUAAGAGAUCGGGAAAUUGGGAUUAAAAGGAAGCCUGGAAGUAAUGAUAUCCUUAGAAAUUAUGCAGAUUUUAUUAGUGCCAAGUAUUCUUCUAAAAUUGUGCCUUUGAUGCUUCAAAGCAAUGUCCGCUCCACCUUCUUGGUCAGCUUCAGCCAUGACAGCGCCCUCAUGGCUUCGACCCAUGGCAACCAUCAUAUCUAUAUCUGGACGGUCAAGACCCAGCAGUGUAUACAAACCCUCGUGGGUCACCCUCGGACCCCAUGGACCAUCAUGUUUCAUCCCUCUUCGAAGGAGAUCUUGGCUUCCGGGUGCCUGGGUGGCGAGGUUCGCGUCUGGGAUCUUCAGGGUAGCAGCGAGAAAUGGUGCUCUCCGAACCGAACCACCAUCACAUCCCUCUCGUUUCACCCUCGGGAUAGACUCCUCGCGAUAGCCACGGGCAACCAAAUCUUUCUCUGGGAUUGGAACGAGCCAUCCCCGUUCACCAGCGUGCAGACCAACAGUACCUUUGAAACUGUCAGAUUGGUGAAGUUUGACUCACUCGGCCACUUCCUGUUGACUGGCAUUGCCAAUUUGCUACCUGAACAAGAUGCGAGCAAUAGUGACGAGAAUGCUCAAGACUCCAACCAAGGGUCGGAGGAGAGUGACCCGGAGCCUCUGGAACCUGAUACAUACCCCGCCCCCUCAAUACCAGAACCAGCUAUACCCCCUGAUAUACUACAGGGACAGCAAGGAGAGUCUUCUAUGAAUCGUCCAAUGUCUCCAGAGUCCAUGGACACAUUAGAACAAGCGAGGGAGUAUGCGGCUUCCGUGACAUUGAACGCAUUACGAAGCCGCCACCAGAGGGGGUUUGUUCCUGGCGAUCCCCCAAACUACCCAAGUAGCUUUGCGCAACCUCUUGGGUAUUUAACCCGUACCAGCCUCCCGGCGCACGAGGCUUCUACCUCACGAGAGAGGAGAUUUACAGGCACGAUGCAAGAACAGAGGACAAGGCAUUCUGUGGAGUCGCUGUCAAACCUUGCCAACUUUGCUUCUAAUCCUCCGACCAACAGCCUCUCUCAGUUGUCUCAGAAUCUCACUAACGAGUUUGCCCUGCCACGCCCGGCACCCGUCGAAGCGGAUAGCACCAGCCCUGUCAACGAACAGCCACAGGAGAUUGUCAUCCCCUCCGAUGAUUCAGACACCCCUCCCGUGUCUAUGGAAGAGUCCAGGGAGGCGGAACCGGUCAUGGUGGAGGUUGAAGGGGAGAAUGUCCAGGUUGCGGUGGUGACGGACACAAGAGCUGGUCCGUCGUCAAUCCAGCCAAGAGCAGAGACCGCCUAUGUUGCCAGGAUUCCUUCCCGAAGACCACGCACACAGCCGAAUGCAGAAUCCAGCGGGUCACACUUCCCUACUGCCCUUAGUCAUGCCAUGUCUGUUAGAGGAAGAAGUGUAGCAAGAUAUCAAGCUCAACUGUCUUGGCGCUCCCUCCCAGGUAAUUUGAGCGCUGCAGGUCGCAGGUUCGGGCAGGGCUUAUCCGGGGAGCUGCAAUCUUCAUCGAGGGAGGAGGGGGAAGGGUCAUCGUUGCCGGAAGGAUCAUCGAGACGACGGAGGGCCAUGCCGCAGCUGAGCCGACGUUCCCUCCAGGGGCAGAUGAACAUCGCAGGCCGGCGGUAUAACCCCAGUGUUGUUGGGGAGCAGUCGUUGGGUAGACAGGGGGAUGAUGAAGGCCAGUCGGGUGAGGGAAUGAGAAGAAGAAGACCGUCUAGGUUUGGAUUCCAUCGCACGGCUCUCAGGAGACGGGUCCUACACAGUCAUUAUAGUACAAGUUUGUUUGAUAACACACAGCCUCCGUCACCAUCGGUACAUUAUGCUAUCAACAGAGCCAUUGCAAAUGCACUGGCAGGGCGAGGCCAAAUGGCUGUUGCAAAUAACAUCAGUAACCGCACCCAUAGGCUUCAAUGGUGGGAUAUGUCGGAUUAUUACCUACCAGACAUCACAGAUGCACAAAGUAACGUGAUCGUCGCAGAGUGUAAGAUCCACAACGAUGCCAGCGUUGAUAUCUCGAGCGAUCGCCGUCUGGCUGCGUUUAUCCCGAGUCACAUGGGGUUUCCGGAUCAUGGCGUCCUGGCGGUUUGUUCACUCGAAAGACACAACCUUGGAGAAGUGCUCUUUACUAAGAGUUUUGGACCCAAUGCCAUCACUGUAAGUCUAUCUCCCUCUGGAAACUACAUUCUUGUCGGUCUGGCUGCAAGAAGGCUCCAGUGGCAGAUGUUUCAUGGGUUAAUGGCCGAUGUCUACCAGCUUCAAAAGCCAGAAGCAGGUGAGGACUCGAUGACGUUCGUCAAUCGUAUAAUUCAUCCAUUAGACCCCCAGCAGAGAUUGGUUGUUAGCGUGAACAUUGCUCGAUGGAUCCCAAGACCCGGAGCUGGUCUGGUCUACGGGACAAACAGAGGGGACCUUUGCUUCUGCACUCCAAAGCUGGACAAUGAAGAUGAACCUGUGGUUAGUCAAGGCACAUCAACAUCAGAACUUUGUGACACCACGGCUAAUCAGUUGGACAUGGUGGAACGUCGACGAAGCUACAGAGAACUUGGCAUGAUGGCUGUCCGACUGUCCAACUCUCAGACCGGCAGUCCAUCAAGCGAAGCAUCCCGCCAGGCAUCGGUGUCUCAGUCUACCCAGACAGGAAACAGCAUGGUGCAGAACAUGUCCACCCAGACUGAUUUCGGGAACGAGGGCCACGUGGCGGGCAGGGAGAGGAUAGCUGAACGGAGGAGCGAUGUCUACGAGGCUCUUCGCAGCGGCACCUUUGUGGAGGAGAGGGCAGCAGGGAGCAGCGAAGGAAGUGGCGAAAACGAUGUGGAGGAGAUGCAGGGGCCACCUGGAUCGCAUCAACGUCGGGUGUUACAGGAUGACGCGACAGGAGAGAGCGAUGAUAGUGGGGAGAAUUCAUCAGGAAUCGGUGGAAGUGAACGCCGCGAAAGCUGUGAUGCAAGCACAGAGGUUGGUAAUCAUGGUGACCAAUUUAUGAGAGGACAGGAUGGUGGCACUGAGAAUUCAAGAACAGAAGAGUGCCAAGCAGAAAGGCACAGUGCAUCAGUCAGCCAUCAAGGUUCUGAUACCAUAAGCAGACUUGCAUCAACAAAUGCUAUUUGCCGUCAACCGUCCGAGACAAACUCUACCCAAUUUCCUAGCUCGAUUAAUCCAGAAGCAAGGAUUGUCUCUCCACUAGUGGUGCCCACUCGGCGUGCGUCUACGGAGAGGGAUAUCCCAGCAUCAAGUCAGUCAUGCCGGAUGCUUCGGCUGGACUCGCCAGAUAGCUUUGAGCAACCUGACAGUACUUCUUCAGGAAACGGAAUCCGUUCCUCGUCGAUGGGAAGGGAACGUUCAGCAUUUCAUGUUGUUGGACCCGGUGGAGAUGUGAGCAGCUCUGGCCUGUCAUCGUCAUCUCGAUCAUCUACCAUCUCGUAUGGACAUCGCAGCCUGAGCAGGCCUCCAGUCAGAUUCAUUGAAUCCAUGAGCCAGGAAUCGGAUGGCAGCGAUCCUGAGGAACAGAGGAACAUGAUCGGUGUAAGUCAAAGUUUGAACUCCAGAGGGCGCCCUAUUCAGAGCAGAAGACAGCAUCUAAGUUUGGACUUACCUGCCACUCAUGUUGUAAAUUCAAGCACAAGUGACAGUCUUUCUCCAGGCGAAGUCGACGAAGGAAGUUCUACUAUAUCAGAAACACCAAGGUCAAGGUCUUCCCAUCUUUUAAUGGAAGAUCAAACGUCAGACGAUCAAGUCAGUUCAAGGUCAAGACCUCAGGCAAACCCAGAUGGCCUUCAUGUAGUUAUGGACAGUCAUAUUACAGUACAAGCAUCAAACCUGAACACUGACCCCUUGAAUGAAUCCUUACAAGAGCACGAACAGUACCAGGAACUAGAAUCGGAUCCAAACUCUUUUGCAGGAAGUGGUGCAUUUUCAGACACUGAAGGGCAAUCGAGGCUGGCCACAAUGGAAAUUGAUGAUGGGAGCAAUACAGCCCAAGAUUCUUAGAAUCUUUUUUUUGUUCAUGAAUGUCAUAAUUUGUUGCUGGGGUAAUUUUAGAAGUUAUAUCUCAAAUCUAGGUGUUGGUGUUGGGCUGCUUUUGACAUCUGCAUACCAUCAACUGGAAAUUAGGUUGGUGGUUUGGGGACAAAUUCUACGUUGAGCUAUCGAUGUUGUGAUUUGAAUCAUUAUUGUAAACUCAGAUCAGGUGCAUUUAUUUUUAUUUCCAAAAAAUCACCAUUGAAAAUCAAAGAAAAAAGUAACCUAGGGGUGUUUUACAAAGAUUGAAGUAAGACUUAUGCCGUUUUCAUACUGAAGGCGAAGUGGAGUUACUCCGGAGUAACCCCGGAGUGAGUUGAUACGAUUGUACUGCGGACCGAAAUUACACCCCCUUUCAAACUGGCAAGGCAGUCGUUUUCGCGCCGUUUGUGUGGAAAUGAAUGAGAGGUGAUACCGCAUUUCCGGUGCUGACUAGAUCAGACCAACUCCGUUUGUAACCCUCUUUUCGAAGUUGGUUGAGUACUCCGCAUUGAAUCCGGAUCGAACUAAUCCUAGAAAUUUUCAUACCGCCCUCCAAAGUGGAGUAACUCCUUCUGGAUUCCGAAGUAACUCCACUCCGGCUGUCAGUAUGAAAGUGGCUUAAGAGUUGCACUUUAAUAGAUGCCGACACAUACAUGAUAUGCAACGCGCAAUCUUCCUGAUUAAUAUGCAGUAGUGUGCGUCCUUGGCAUGAUCUGACGAAUGUGUCAUGCCUUUUCUAACGCACACUUAAAUCUUUGUGAACCCCCCCCCGGUUAUUAAAAUUUUUAUUUUGUAGAAGGGGGAAUUGACAAUUUAUUAAAAUUCUUACUUAUAUGUUUGUAGAAUAUGAAUUUAUGCUCAAAAUGAGCAUAUGAUGGAGUAGUGGUGUGUGGUAUGGUCCAGUAGUAUCUUGUUAACAUGUCAGACUAUGUUUGAAUAUUGUCCAAUAGUUCUGGUGCCAGUUUCAUAAAACUUGUUAUAAUAACAAAUUCGCAAUAACAGUAAAAAGCUACUGUAAUCAAUCAAUCUGAUUGGCUGAUAGCAACUUUGAUAAGGUUUUAAUGCAGUCUCUUCAUCUUGGAUAACGGGAAACCCAAAAGCUGCUAGUUUUGCCAGUAUGCCUACAGAUUAUGUCAAACCUUAUGAAUUAUUUUCUGUGGUAAAUUUAAAAUUCAAUUUCAAUUCAAAUUGUCAAAAUUGAUAAUGAAAUAUAAUGUUUCUUUUGUAAUAAUUUGUCUUGGUAUGUGUAUUUUAUCUUGCCAUUUUUUAUUCGUGAUUUUAAUCCAGUGCUUUCCAUCUAAAUCUAAUGGAUCAUGUUUACAAGUUUUUUUGUUUUUUGUUCCUGUCCAAUGAUUUAUCAUACAAGGAAUGGCCAACAUUUUUUAAUGAAUUCAAAUACAUGAAUUUGUUUCAUAUUUAUGAUAAACUGCAUUUGUUUCAGUGAACCUAUGUGUAUGGCUAGUACUAAACAAAUAGCUUCUGUAAAAUUACUUUCAAAAUAUCAAUGCUCUGAAAAUUAGAAAUUUAAGAUGAUUCUUAUUAAAUUCUUGGGCAUUUCUCUGAUGGGAUACUGGUAUAUAGAGGUCCUUUAUCAUCACGAUCAUAGGUAUUAGAAAUUGUUUUGAGAUGAAAAUCUGCCUAUGAUACCCAUCACAAUCUACAAAUCUGUAUCGUCAAUUGCGCCCAACCUCAUUGAAUGAACAGCUUGGAGUUCCCUCAUGUACAAGGUUAUGAUAUAACAUCGUUGUCCUCAGUUAAAAAUAUGUGGUGAAUGGAAGAAUGGAAUGUCUAGAUAUUUUAUUUUCUGUGGGUUUUCUUGAUCUAGUGGAUAAAUACCUUUUUGCACAGCCAGUGUUUAUUGGACCUACAGACAAUUGUUUUUCAUAUUGCCUGGCCCUAAACUUACCGUAGUUGAAGUCUUUGAAUGAUUGUUUCUCUAAUAGAAAAAAAGGAGUUAUGGGCUAUAUGUUUUACUUUCCACCAAUAGAGGGCCUCCCAAAAUUAUGCUCAAAAUCACAGUUUUUGAGCAUGCAUGUGAAUGAAAAAGAAAUAAUUUCUGAGAAUUAUAUGGAAAAAUGGAUUAUUAAUGAUUGGAAUUGAGUAUUAGAAUUUUUUAAAGUCUUUUUUUUCUUUGGAUUACACUAAAAAUAUGAAUUCAAUAGUUGUUA